AUGUCUGAAAACGCUGCGAACUUCUGCGGGAAGGUGGUCAAGGUCACGCUGGGCUGUGGACAUUCUUGUUCCGCUCCGUGUAACGUGAGUCGCGAUGAGGCAUACCUCUCCAAGAAGGCUCUGGAGUGCAAAGAAUCGAUUUUUGUAGAAGGCCCGUGCAAGCAUCUCGUCAAGAUCCCUUGUGGGAAGCGAGAGGACCGGCACUUCAUUACGUCGUGUUGCAAGGUUCCCGUCGAGGCCAUGUCCCCUUGUGGGCAUUUCGUCAAAGUCGUUUGUAGCUCCUCGAACAACUCCGGCUUCGUCGUGAGUUUGUGCAACAUCGGCAACGAGCUCAAAUUGAAUUGCGGUCACUCGAUGCGCGUCCCGUGUUCCGAAUCCCGACAGCUUGAGGAGAUCUCGAGAACCUGUGAAGUCAAGGUCCAAAACGUUCUGAGCUGUCAACACACAGUGGAGCAGAGCUGCCAGGGAACCAGAGGGAAGCCCGAUGAGAAAUGCAUCGAAGUUGGAAUGCAACAAAACACUCCCCUGCGGCCACCCAUGCAAAAGGAUAUGCGGCCGACGUUGUGGUCCUUGUGA